AUGGAAUUAAUGCCAGAUCAAGCCGAAAAGCUUCGACAAUUUCAGGAGGUGACAAAUGUGGCAGAACGUGACUUGGCCGCUGCAAGACUCGAAUCUGUGGGAUGGAAUCUGGAGCAAGCGAUUGAAUCAUAUCUGUGUGGAGAUGGCAUUAUAGCAGAUGACGUGGAAGUGCUACCUCCUCCAGCGAAGAAUCAUCGGAGAGAACUGCCGGAUUUUGAUGAAGCAAAAGAGGAGGCAGACGCUUUAGAAGUUUUGGAAGUGCUCAAUAACCGUAGAAAUCGGCAGGCAAGACGUGCGCAUCGUGAAGUUGAUGGAGAUGAUAUGAAUGUUGUUGACAUGGAUUUAUCGCGUCCAUCGUCAUCUGUCGUUACAUCGCAUCGUCCUCGUAAUGGAUAUCCAGUGCAGGAAGAGUUCGUAAUGUCGGACGAUGAUGAACCUUAUCCAAUUCAUGAUCCAGACGAUCUCGAGUGCAGUGAGCGGAACUCUAUUACUCGUAACAACUUGCCGUUAAUCCCAACUGAAUGUGGCAGCGUUACGGAGGCGCUUCACAACUUUGUGGUAGUGUUUGAGUCCAGAUUUUCCGGCAUUGGAUGCCAUAUUCCGUCCUUCUUCACUGGAUCGUUACAUGAAGCAAUUAAAGAGGCUUUUGAAUCACCUGGAGGAAUUUCGGAACGUCGCCCUCUUGCUUUGUACAUUCACCACGACGGGAGCAUUGCCGCUAAUAUUUUCCCAUCGAAGGUCUUAUGUAGCGAUGCGGUGUCUAAUUUAUUGAGAUGUCAGUACAUUCUGUGGCCAUGGGAUAUUACUCAUAAGGAAAAUGAAGUAAAACUUCGAGAGUGGCUAGAAAUGGUAGGGAUGUCUGAAAUGCGUCGCACACUAGAGUCAAUGGUCUACGAUAAAGAGAAAUUUCCUCUUCUGAUUAUAAUUACAAAGGAUCGCGGCUCAUAUAAUAUCAAUGAUAUCUGCUCAGGUAUGGACAGUGCAGAUAUUGUGAUGGAGAAGUUAAUGGCUGGUAUAGAUACCUAUUCAACUAUCAGAAAUACAGAAAAGGCCGAAGAGGCGGCUCGCUUGGAGAGGGAGAGAAUUCGACAAGAACAAGCGCAUGAAUACGAAAUGUCUCUGGCAGCAGACAAAGCUCGAAUGCAAGCUAAGGAGCGGGAGUUGAGAGAACAAAGGGAAGAGGAGGAGAGGAGACUACGAGAAGCUGAAGAAACAGAAAUGAAGCGUCAGCUAUUAGCUAGCGAGCUACCAGAUGAACCAGCUGAAGGUGAGCGAGGUGCAAUCAUGGUGAAAUUCCGUCUGCCAGGAAGCGAGCAGGUCAUGCGUCGUUUCCGCUCCACAGAAAAGUUGUCGGUGUUAAUAAAAUUCCUCGGAGCCAAGGGAUACUCGGCAAAGGAUUAUCGUUUUUUCAAUUCUGAUUUCCCCAAGAAAGACGUGACCACAUUGGAUGACUCGAAAACGUUUAUGGAAUUGAAGUGGCCAGUGCGUGAACAGAUAUUCGUCGAAGAGCGCUGA